AUGACUCUUAAACAAUACCUUAUAGGCACUUACCUUGGUUGCACUGUGGAAGUGAACUUAGUAUUCGGAAGAGUGUAUUUAUGUGAUAGAACAGUAAAGCCUGAAACUCAAUUUUCAUACGAAAAAACUUUAAUUUGUCUCGUCCGAAGCGUCAAAGAAGUAGGAAAUCGUUGCAUCUACGGAACGGUUGUCGAAAAAACCCAAUUCAAUUCAAAGGGCGUCGGAGAAAAUAAAUCGAAGAAGUCUCCUUCCUCCAAAAGAACGUUUCCAAGUCUGGUAGUAAUUUUUGGUUACAUGGGUCGAUUGGGUCGUGCUCUGCAAAGGUUUAACCAACGAUUAGGUAGACCAUCACCAAAGUGUGGCUUAGGCGGAAUGUUUCAAGUUUCGACUUUAUUGUAUCUAUUGGGACUGUACUUGGUGAUUACCAUUAUACAUAAAUAA